UGGCAAUGGGUAUAAAAGCACAGGUUGACACUGCCGCAUGCAGUCUACAUUAAACUUUGAGUAGGGAUUUCAGCAGGACUCAGUGAUUUCAGCAAAACAUGAAGACAGCACUGAUUCUUUUGGUGCUCAUUGGGAGCUGCAUUCUAGCUGUGAAUGGUUUAGACUUCACCCUGAAGAGAUAUGGCAGGAGAGUACUUGCCAACAGUGUCAUAGACAUCAGCCGAGUUGGUCGUGAAUACUCGUCUUACUACUCUUGGUCUAGUCGGACAUCCUAUACUAACGAAGGACCUCUUGUGUGCCACACUGAAAUUCCUAACUGCUGUCGUGAUGUUGAUGAUCCAUUUGAAAACGAGGAGAAUGGAGAGUGGUUCUACCCCGACGGGCAGGUUGUUAGCAGUUCCCAGCGGGUCAACAACUUUUAUGUGACCAGAGCACGCCAAGAGCUGCAUUUGAACAGUUAUUCAGAAUACGGCCCAACUGGAGUGUACUGCUGUGAUGUUCAGAGUGUCAAUGGCUCGGGCAACAUCACUGCUGAGUAUGUAUCCGAAACAAACUACACAAGUAUCAACUCUUCCACUAGCAAGUGUAUCGGAUUGUACACUUAUUCUCAGUUACGACUCUGCCCUGAUUUCUCAAUUGGCAAUGGAUUUGUGACGUAUGACUCUCCUUAUAUUCCUGGGAGAGUGGCUAGAUUCUCUUGCAACCGAGGAUUUAGCUUGGUUGGUAAUUCUGAACAGACUUGCACCAACAGAGGAUGGAGUGGAACAAGACCCUAUUGUGGCUAUGAUUGCGGGCCUCUGCCAGUCCCAAGAAAUGGACGUGUGGAUACCUCUACCGGUACAACAGUAGGGAAGACUGCCAGUUACAGCUGUAACGAAGGCUACAAUUUGAUUGGCAGUUCAACCAGAAACUGCCAAUACAGUAAUUACCAUUACAGAUACAGCUAUUACCCUAGCCGUGUUGGCUGGUCUUCAUCUGCACCAAUCUGUGUGGAUGAGGCAAAGAUGCAGUUGAUGUUUUCACCUACUCCGGGUAGCUGUUUGAAUUGGGAAGAAUCAAGGGCCAAUGAAGUCAGUCUCGCUUUCUUUGGAGCCAUUCAGGAAGUGGUACUGCCACAUAUCAAUUUCACGAAUUCGACACACUCUCCUUUUUCGGUAGAAAGGAGUUUCUUCAGUUGUCGUUCAUCCCAGACUGAGGCCCACUUCAGGACCACUUUAUUUGGCCUGGAAGAUGUAUCUGCUCAUGAGAUGGUCAAAGUCAUUCAACGUUGGGUCUCCUCUGCUCCUUCUGUCAAAAUUCAGUGGUAUGUUGUUGACAUUGUCGAGAGUUGCCCUGUGGCUAUACCCUCCGAUGUCUAUGCCGAGUGUGCCGUUAAUUCUGGCAUGAAACAGUGCAGUGGGAAGAAAUGCUAUAAUGACAAGCCACAGUAAACUUUUUCUUGAAAAGACAAUGACGUAUACAUAAUGGAUUCUAUAAUUAUUAUGCUGAUUGUUACUGCAAUGGAUAUAAUUUGGCAGAUUGUA